UCGACAUGGAUUGGCGCCUGUUGGUUUGUUUGAUUUUGCUGCCGCAUUUGAGAGUUUUGAGAGGACAAAUCUCGGAGUGCAGUCAUGACCAGUGGCAGUGUGACGAUGGAGGGUGUAUCCCUGCUGUGUGGAGAUGUGAUGGAGAUGGAGAUUGUCUGGAUGGUUCAGAUGAAGUGGACUGCACUGGACUCCGAGGCUCUGAUUGUCCGCCAGGUCAUUUUCCUUGUGUGGACUCUGUUGGCUGUGUUAAAGCGUCGGCCCGCUGCGAUGGACAAAAACAGUGUCCCACUGGCUCCGAUGAGGAGAACUGUCCAGUCACAGAGGGCUGCCUGGACUCUGACUGGACAUGUCAAAAUCACAUCUGCAUCCCUAAAGAGCUCAGGUGCAAUGGAAUAGAUGACUGCAUUGACAACUCUGAUGAAAAGGACUGUGAUUUGUGCAGUGAGGGCAGCAUACGGUGUCCUGAGGGGACAUGUCUAUCUGCUGACGAGCAGUGUGAUGGCACGUUUCACUGUUCUGAUGAAAGCGAUGAGCCCAUAACCUGCGGGCGUGUCUGCCUUAUGGACAAUGGUGGAUGUAGCCAUGUGUGCACUGACGAACCCAGGGGAGUUCUGUGUUCUUGUCCUGCUGGAUAUAAGCUGUCUCCUAAUGGAACAGACUGUGAAGAUUUGGAUGAAUGUGCUCCACCUUUCGACCCCUGUGCUCAUCACUGCAGUAACACCAUCGGUUCUUACUAUUGCUACUGCAGAAAGGGCUUCAAACUAAAUGAAAACUCAACAUGUGUGGCUUCAGCUAAUCCUGUCCGAUUGCUGCUGGUUGGGGGGACAGCUUUAGGAUUACUGAAUGUGAAAUCUCAACAGUUUGAAAUCAUUCAGAGUUCAACAUUUGACUCUGUGGCCUUGGCAUUUGAUGUUGCGCGGGGGUGGUACUACUGGGCUGACAGCCGUGGCAACAUUUACAAAAGUGAUGGACAGCAAAGCUGGACAGCCUAUACUGGAGAGCCUGGUAUCAAAGGUUUAGCUUGUGACUGGCUCAGUGGGAAUCUGUUCUGGACCAAUGAGAAGACAGAGUCCAUCUACCUGCAGAGUUCUGAUGGAAAAAGUUACACUGCUCUGCUCAGCAAAAACAUCAGGCCCUCAGAGCUGGUCGUUAUGCCUGUAGAAAGCUUGAUGUUCUGGAUCAAUACGGGUCCAGGUGACAGAGGAACAAUAGAAAAGUCUUGGAUGGAUGCCUCAGAAAGAAGCUCUCUGGCAGUCAUCACUGCUCAGUCUGCCCACAGCCUCACUGCUGAUGUAGCUGCCAGACGGCUGUACUGGAUCAGUGACUUUAAGAGGUCCAUAGAGACUGUGAAGGUGGAUGGGAGUGGCCGUUACUCCUACACAGGACUGUUCAGCAGGAGAGCACCGCAGAGCCUUGCUGUGUUUGAAAGUUCGUUUUAUUGGGUUGAUAACAAAGGACUCUGGCAGGCUCCGCAGACUCAACUGAGCCAGAGAAAAUUUAUAUGGGAACCCACACUGCCAGUAUUAGCUGUUUACCAUGAGCUACAACAGCCUCAAGGUUAUUCUGCAUGUGCAAAAACGCCCUGUCACCUCUGCCAGCUAACUAAAAGCAACCCUCUUGGAUUCACCUGCUCUUGUCCAAACCUCAAAUUGCUGUUGCUGGAUGGGACAUGUGAAAAUCCACGGUUUCUCUAUGCUACAAAUACGGAAAUCAUCUUGUUGGAGUUGGAAGAAAAAGGGUUCAUUGAAAGCCAGCUUUUCACCACCAAUGAGGGGAUCCUCUCUUUUGAGAUUGACUGGGACAGAGACUGGCUUUACUGGGCAAACAAAACUGGCCACCUUCAACGCAUCAGUGUAACAGCGGUCACCGCUGAGCUGGUUCCAACACCUUUGCCAGUUUGUCUGAUAAAUGUGGACCAGAGGAGCGGAAGCCUUUAUUGGGUGUCAUGUCAUCGAAACACCAUCGGAACAAUCGCAGCUGACAGCUACUACCCAAAGCAGCUUUACUACACGACAAAGGAGAUUAAAAACUUGUAUCUGGACUGGCUGCGGGGUACCAUCAUCUGGCUAGAAGAAGAUCGAAUUCUUAGCAUGAGCAUGUUGGGAGGUGUUGCUAAAGAGCUGCUGCACAUAGCUGGAGGAGUGAGUGGGGGCAUCGCUUUUGACCUCAGGGCUAAUAGCCUGCUGUGGAACUCAAAAAUAGCAGGCUUAACAACAUUAAGUUUGCUGCGAGAGAGAAGCCACCAAGCUGGAAGAAGAUGGAAGAUUUCGGGCUCAGUUGUAGCUGCCCUCGAGCCUUUUCUCUUGUCAGUUUCAGACAACGUAAUGACUCUGUGGGAUCAGCGUGAUGGGAGCCCCAUUCAAGAUGCAGCUGUGACGGGUCAUGUGAUCAGAGUAAUCACUGCUCUCAUAGACAUUCAGACAGUUCAGACCUGCAGGAAACCAUCGUUUUUGUGCAGACACUCAUCAGUCUGCCUCUCGGAAGCUCAGCUGUGUGAUGGGAAAAAGGACUGCCCGGAAGGAGAUGACGAGUUUUGUCCUGGGGCUUGUCUGUCUAUAGAGGAGUUCAAAUGCCAGGACCGGAGCAGUUGCAUUUCCAGACAUCUUGUGUGUGAUGGUCGGUCUGAUUGUACCGAUGGCUCGGAUGAGGCUGAUUGUCCAACUGCAGCUCCUCGUACAAGUCGGUCAAAUGUGAUGAAAUGUCGCAUAGGCUCAAAGCCAUGUGAAGAUGGCAAAGACUGUGUUUUAUAUAGUCACGUGUGUGAUGGAGAGGACGACUGUGCGGAUGGAUCAGAUGAACUGGGCUGCGAUGCCCUGCAACAGAACAUGACUACCACAAGAACUAAUAUGGACCAAUCAAACAAAACUCCAGGUUCUACCACUCAUUCUCCUCGAACUCUCCUGGCCUGCACCAGUCCCUCUGUCCUCUGUCCUUCUUCUGCUUACCUCUGCAUAUCUCCAGACCAGUUCUGCAAUGGACAUAGUGACUGCCCUGACGGCUUUGAUGAGAAGAACUGCGUAAAAAGUUGCCCCUCAAAAAAUGACUUUCUCUGCAAAGAUCAUCGCAGCUGCGUAUCUAAAAGCCUGGUUUGUGACGGUGAAUUUCAUUGCUACGACGGCUCUGAUGAGGUCAACUGUUCGAGUGCAGCCACAGCUGCUCCUGGGAGAAACAUUCUGAAAUGCCGUUUGGGGUUCACAGUCUGCAAAGAUGGGAAUCAGUGUGUCCUCAAUAUCAGCGUCUGUGAUGGGGAGAAAGACUGUCAAGAUGGAUCAGAUGAAGAACGAUGCAAUGUUGCACAGAGAGAUUCUACAAUGCAAAUAGAGAGACGGCCCUCAAAUGAUUCUCCUGUACUCCUCACACCGUCCAUUAAACCUCACUACAGGCUGCCUUGCAGCAGUCCUUUAAUUCUGUGUCCAGAUUCCUCUUUGUGCAUUAAACCAGCACAGAUAUGUGAUGGAAGAAAAGACUGCCAUGAUGGAUCUGAUGAGAACUGUCGCUGCAUCCCAAAGAAGUUCCUGUGUGAUGGAGAAAAAGACUGUGUGGAUGGCUCAGAUGAAGUGGGCUGCAAUCAGGAUGCUGCUCCAUCAUCAAAGUCUCCCGUCUUCACUUUUGCAUCACCUUGCGUUGCUCCUUCAGUUCUCUGCCCUGGAUCAUCACUGUGUAUCUCUCAAAAUCAGCUCUGUGAUGGACAGAGAGACUGCCCCGAUGGUUUUGACGAAAACGGCUGUGCUGUCCAUUGUGUAAACCCAAAUGACUUCUUGUGCAGCAACCAGAAAAAAUGUGUCCCUGGAAUGCAAGUGUGCGACGGCCGAGCCCAGUGUCCCGAUGGCUCUGACGAGAAGCACUGUCAAUCACCAAAUCCUACUGCCACCUCCUCCAUGAGUGGCUUCGGCACCAGACAAACUCCUCUCAGAUGCCGCAUUGGUUUCAAACGAUGUAAAAAUGGCCAUGAGUGCGUUAUGUACAGCCAUGUGUGUGAUGGGGAGAAGGAUUGCAGUGAUGGCUCAGAUGAAGAGGGAUGUGUGGCUGAUGGUGCAAGUAUGGCUACUGACACAGGAACACUCGGCUCAACUGUAUCUCCUUCCGUCAAUCUUCGCACAGAGCAGCCUUGCAUCAGUCCUUCAAUUCUGUGUCCAGAUUCCACUUUGUGCAUAGAACCAGCACAGAUAUGUGAUGGAAAACAAGACUGUCCCGAUGGCUCCGAUGAGAAGUGCAUGAAGAAGUGUCCUGAUGACAGAGACUUUCUCUGCAAGGACCGAAGGGGCUGUGUCUCCCUGAGUCUGGUCUGUGAUGGACUCUCUCAUUGUCAAGAUGGAUCAGAUGAACUGAACUGUCCUAGUGCAGCCGCUCCUGCCGCUAAAGAUAAUGUGCUGCAGUGCCACAGGAACGCAAAGAUGUGUAAUGAUGGCACAGAGUGUGUUUUACUCAGCCAUGUAUGCGAUGGAGAAAAAGACUGCAUGGAUGGAUCUGAUGAAGAAGGAUGUCAAAAUACCUGCAAAAGAGGUUUGCGCUGCAUCCCAAAGAAGUUCCUGUGUGAUGGAGAAAAAGACUGUGUGGAUGGCUCAGAUGAAGUGGGCUGCAACUACAACACCUCAACAACCAAGGCUCCUGCUUUUCCUUUUGCUUCACCGUGCACUCCUCCUUCAGUUCUCUGCCCUCGAUCAUCACUGUGCAUUGCUAAACAUCAGCUGUGUGAUGGACAAAGAGACUGCCCUGAUGGAUUUGACGAAAACGGCUGUGCUGUCCAGUGUGAAAACUCAAAUGACUUCUUGUGCAGUGACCACAAACAGUGCAUCCCUGAAAUGCAAGUGUGCGACGGCCAAGCCCAGUGUCCCGACGGCUCUGACGAGAAGCACUGUCAGUCACCAAAUCCCACUGCCACCUCCUCUGACGAGCUCGGCACCAGAUCGACUCCUCUGAAGUGCCGCAAUGGUUUUAAGCUGUGCGACGACGGCCUGGAGUGCGUCAUGUACAGCCACUUAUGUGAUGGCGAAAAGGACUGCAAGGAUGGGUCAGAUGAAGAGGGAUGUGCUAUUCAGUGUAAAGCAGGUGAGUUCCAGUGUUCUCAUGGGAAAAAAUGCCUCCCACAAGAGCGAGUGUGUGACGGGCAAAAUGACUGUCAGGACCGAUCUGAUGAAACUGACUGCUCAGUUAUGAUUGAGGGCUGCCAUCAGCGCUGUGAUAAUAAUACUCGCUGCAUACCAAAGAGCUUCCUGUGUGAUGGAGAGAGAGAUUGCGCUGAUGGGUCAGAUGAGGAAAACUGUGGUUUGGUGUCCUGUGCGGAUCAUCAGUAUCGAUGCGCUAGCGGUCAGUGCGUGUCUGAGGCACUGAGAUGUGACGGAUAUGCCGACUGCAGUGACGGCUCUGAUGAACUGCACUGCUCGAGGCCCCCACACUGCCUCACACAACUCCAAUGCCCACACACUCAUGAGUGUUUGCAGAAAGAGUGGCUCUGCGAUGGCGAGGACGACUGCCAGGAUGGUUCAGACGAGAAGAACUGCAAUGCUCCUCCAGCAAAGUGCUUAAAGUUCCAGUGGCAGUGUGGAGACAGCAGUCAGUGCGUUCCUCUUUCAUGGAGGUGUGACGGGAGAAAGGACUGUUACAAUGGCAUCGACGAGGAAAAAUGUAGCCAGAAAAUAUGCCCUUCUCAUCUUUACCAGUGUGGCAGUGGAGAGUGUGUGGACACUAACCUGGUGUGUAAUGGCGUCACUAACUGUGCUGAUGGGUCAGAUGAGGGUGUGAAUUGUGUGCUGCGCAGCUGCUCCAGUCCAUCGGCUCCCUUAUGCGAACACAGCUGUGUCAGCACACCGUAUGGUCCGAAGUGCUACUGUGCUGCGGGUUUCAGACUGAUGUCCAGAGCCACACACUGUGUGGACAUCGAUGAGUGUACAACAGCACCUCAUGCCGUAUGCAACCACAUUUGUCGGAACACCCGUGGAUCCUACAGCUGUCAUUGCCACCCUGGCUUCUACCUGGAGCCUGAUAACAAAAGCUGCAAGACGAAAGAUGAGCCCUUGCUUCUGGCAUCAGUGCAGUCAGACUUGUUCCUGCUGGGAGUCCAUAGCGGCAUGCUGCGUCUCCUCACCUCUACCAGUCGACCCGCCUUCUCACUGGAUUAUCACUGGGUUCAACAAAGGAUUUACUGGCUGAGCACUGACUACCAGAGCAUCCGCUGGGUCGACAUGAGAAAACCAGACAAAAGAGGAAACCUGGUCAAAGGUGUGAAGUCUGAUUUCAUCGCAGUGGACUGGGUGGGUAAGAAUUUAUACUGGGUGGAUGGCCUGGUUGGCCAAAUUCUGGCGGUGAAACUCAGCAACACCACAGUGAGGUCUCAGGACUGCACUGUGGUCCUGGGAGAAGACUUGGAGCAGCCAAGCUCCUUGGUUCUGCUGCCACAUAAAGGGCUGAUGCUGUGGUCUGAGAUCGGCAGCACACCUCAGAUUAAGCAGUCUGGGAUGGAUGGUUCAGAGAGAAAGGUGGUUGUGAGCCACAGUUUGAGUUGGCCAGUCAGUUUGGCCUAUGACCUCCUAGAUAACAAAGUGUACUGGGCAGAUGAGAAACUGCGCUGCAUUGGCUCAGCCUCUCUGGAUGGAGGCAACAUCAAGAUCCUUCAGUUGGCUGAAACUCCAAACCCUUUCUCAGUGGUGGUCUUCAAUGAUCGUGUUUUCUGGUCUGACACAAAGAGAAGAGUCAUACGCUCAGCUGACAAGAACACUGGGAAAGACCAAAAGGUUGUUCUGAAGAGACUGGGACAGCCAUUUGGGCUAAAGCUGAUGCAUGCCCUUUCGCAGCCAGCUGUGCCCAGUCCUUGUGACCAUCUGCGCUGCUCCCAUAUUUGCCUUCUGGCCCCCCCGGUGACAGGCAGAUCUGCAGUAUGUCGAUGCCCGAAGGGUCUGCUGCUUUCCAAGGACAACAUCACCUGCUCUCGGCCCAGGGAUUCAUCUUUCAUCCUGCUCCUGUCUCAAAACACAAUUUACCAGAUUUACUUGCGCUCCUUGCGAAGGGAUGGUAUAACCCUGAAAAAAAUGCCAAACAGCCGAGUCUUGGCCCUCCCGGAUAUAAACGAAGCCAUGGGGCUAGAUGUCUCCACCCAGGAGUUGUAUGUGGCUUAUGCGGGAUCUGUGGAUGUUCUGAAAAUGGGAAGCUACAGGUCAAGACAAGGACUCACACCUGCUGGACAAGUCCUAAAGCUGAAGGAUGAUUCGGUCACGGCUCUGGCAAUUGACUGGGUGACCUCUAACCUCUACUGGAGCAGCAGCUCGAGGCCCAACAUCCAUGUGACAUCCCGUAAUGGUGGCUACACCACGUCUCUCCUGCAGGGAUCACUGACGCUUGCCACAUCCAUCGCGUUACAUCCUUCCUCAGGUCGACUUUGCUACACAGCAGCGGUCAUGGCAGGUGGGAAGAGCCUGACGCAGGUGGUCUGUGCCUGGAUGGAUGGCCGGAACAAAGCAGUGCUGUGGGGAAAGUCUGGAAUCCCCAACUCCUUGGUGUUCGUUAAUAAUGGGACCAGAAUCUACUGGGCCGACACUGAUGGAGGAGUGAUCAGCUCCAUUGGAGUGGAUGGUUUGGGAUAUAAACAGUUUAAGGCAGGACCUGAUCUGAUUAUGUCCUUGACAUAUACUGAGAACAUCCUGUUCUGGGUCACACAGGGAAAAGAUGUGACCAAACUGUGGUUCAGUGAUGGCCUCCAGCCUAAACAGUUGUGGUUUGAGACAAAGACCAGCGUGGUGGAAAUCAGAGCUCACAGCAAUGACACCCAGUCAGGAAGCAAUAGCUGCUCCAAAAACAAUGGAGGGUGUGUCCAUCUGUGCCUGGCCUAUCCCGGAGGUAGGAUGUGUAAAUGUGGGCGUGGCUUUUACACCUUAAAUGUCACUUCUUGUGCCCCAAUUACCUCCUGUGCCCCUGGAGAAGAAUCCUGCUUUGACCGCAGCCAGUGUAUCAGCAGGAGCAAGUUCUGUGAUGGGCAGGUUGACUGCCUGGACCAGUCGGAUGAACAGGACUGUCGGACUUCAAACACUGCUUCAUUUGGAACUGAAGACACUGAUGGCCACCCUCUAGAUUCGUCGUCAUCAUCUACAUCCAACACCGACAAGAACUCUGUCUCAUUUCAAGACUCUGCCUCCUGUGAUCUGCGACGCUGCAGUAGUCAUGGGAACUGCAUUGUGGAGGGUAAAUUCACUCGCUGCCAGUGUCUGUCUGGUUACAAAGGAGAGUUCUGUCAAGAGGAAGAAAGGCAAAGCCAUGUCGGGGUGAUCCUGGGUGUCUUCUGCCUCAUUGCAGUGCUGAUAGUCGCCGGAUUCAUUUUCACUAAAAGGAGAGGAUGGGAGCUCAUCAGAAGCAGAUCCACAGACAAGGAAAAUCUCAUGGCCAACAUGGGUCUAUCGAGUGAUGUAGAGUCUGACUCUGAGGAGGUGGACUCCCCAGCUGACGUAAACCCUCUGGCACAGCUCGAUUAGACUACUCUACUCUGCACUAGCUGUUGUGCUAGCUUUAUAGCAACCUGGAAAUUCUCAGGCCUCAUGUGUAAUUUGGGAGGAUGCAUUUCAGUGGCCAUGAAAAUGCUGAAAAAAAGUGCAAUUUUAUAGAAUGAAAGUUCUCACUAUUAGCGGCUGCUCUCAAAUAUAUAAAAAAAAUUCCACAGGCUAUUUGAUGGCUGGGAGUAGUUUGGUAAAUUUGCUGUGUCAUAUAAGUGAGUCAGGAGAGACGAGCUGAUCUGAAUCAAUAAGAGUUGAAAUACAAUAAUAAAAAUAAAGACGUUAAAUUACUUGAACCAGAUUUUCUUUAUUUGUAAUGUGCUCAGUUAGUGUCUCGAUCUCUGACAUUUCUCUCUUUAGCCAUUUGUGUACACAGUAUGUUUUACAUCUUACACUCCUGGGAGAGUUCUCACAAUGGGGCGUAUCUACUUAAGAUUACAUUCUGUUCCUGCCAACACUGAAUG